AUGCAAUAUGAUGUCCGCUCGUGUCCGCUCAAAUCUGACUGGUGCCGGGAGGACCCGAAGGAUAAGAAACACUACAAACUGAGGACCCAACAUCUAGAACGACAAAUCGACUAUGUCGAUGAUGGUGGCAUCCCAGACGGUCAUGAUGAUGUUCCCGGUGAUGUCCGUAGAGACCUAACCCUAGAAAACCAGGCUGUGGCAUUUGUUAUCUCGCCAUGUGGGUCGCAAGUAACCAUUGGCAUAAAUCCCUCGUCGACGAUCAGACCGGGCUCAUUAGUCCUAGCGUCAUAG